AUGCCCUGCUGGCGAAGUGUGGAUACCUUGGACUACGAGCCGCCCCCGGUGCUGCCACCGCGGCGCCCGCCCUGGCCGUUCAACAACAGCCCGAGCAGCACCGCCUCGAGGUACAUCGGGCAGCGCACCACCAUCAUCGCCACCACCACAACGUCCCCGUUGACACCGACGGCGGCUACGACGACUAUCACGUCGACGACGCUAAUACCAGCGGUGCCCUCCAUCCAAGGCUCAACGACCUCCUCGCCUGCGCGAGUGUCGCCGCAGCCGCCACCCUUGACGCCGCCCCAGUAUCCUGCGCCUCCACGGCCCCCUAGUCGAAACGGUGGGGAUGAAGCGCGUGUCGCGAGGGCGAGAGGAAGCGGACGCGGAGUUUUACCGAGCCUCAUCCUCGCUAAUGGAACGCCCUUGUCGAGAGUGUCACCACCUCGCGCGGGCUGGGCAGUGCGGAUCAACGAGGCGACACUCACUACCCCGAGUCAGUCAGCUCAUUAUCAACAGCAACAGCAUCAGCAGCGCGCUACUCCAACUCCAGGAUCACCGAGAGCCGUCGAACAAUGGGCUAGCGAACGGGCAGCGUUGUCGGCUUUGUCGGUUCGUCGUUCCACAUCACCACCCUCGCCAGAAACAGCAAGGAGACCGGCAACAACAGGAUCGUCGAGAAGGAUCGUCCCGUCGUCGAGUCGCGUUAGGCUGGGAGGCGGAGGCGAAAGAGGAGAAGAAGGAGGAGAAGGAGGAGGAGGAGGAGGAGGAGGAAGUGGAAGUGGUGGAAGCGGCGGAAGAGCAGGAGCAGAAAGAGGCGCUGAGUUCGGUAACGGUAUCCAUUUCGCGAAUCACUGGCAGGAGGAACAAGAGCUGGAGGCGAAGAAGAAGAAGGAGCACCGGAAGCGUUGCGUGGACGCAGCGGCGCGUUGCCAAGCCGAGCAUCUUGAACUGAGAGGUCGGCCGAUGUCGCAGAACAAUGCGAUCGCGCCGCUCUCGCGGCCACCCUCCUCGCCAACGAACGCCUCGACCAACCUCGAUAAUACCACCGUCGCUAGUAGUACGACCAGCCACGAUAACAGUAGAGUAGUCAACGCCGACGACGGAGACGCGCAGCAUUCCGUUCAACAGCAGCAGCAGCACAACGUAACCGGUGGUGGUCGCGUUCACGAUCACAAUCGGCCGUUCCCUCCACCGAGAUUGCCCACUGUGCACGUGCCGGCUGCAUCAUCCUUGACUCUCGCAGCGAACCAGUCGAGCCCGUCGAGAGUGUUGGUCACCACUGCUCCACUCAGCCCUCUGUCAAGCACGUUCCGCAGCAGACCGAGAAACAUUGACACUUCAACAGAGACCACGACCAACAGCCGCGGACUGCUAUCGAACGACACACCACCGAGAAGCCCGAUAAGCGAGGUGAGCCUCACGGUGCCACGGCCGGAUGGUGAGAGAGCCAUCAACGAAUACGUCGAGGCGCCGUUCAAACACGGGGCGAAUCAGGAGCGACGAGUCAUCGACGAUGACCAGAAGCGCGGUAUCGGCGCCGAUUGCCCGAAGAUCGACCGGAGGCAUCGUCAGAAGGGUAGUGGUGGUGGUGGUGGUGUUGGUGGUGUUGUUGUUGCAGACGCGUCGGUCGCAGCGACGCAUCGGUUGCACGCGAGCAGGACUCAAGCGUUUCGUGGUUUAAUAGCCAGUGGGACGAAUCCGACCGUGUCCGCUGGCUCGAUCCCGGCGAACACCGUGGCACCGAACGCUGUGACCAAACAGCCGGUCUCGUUCACCAAGGAACCGGCCAACAGCCUCGCCUCGAGGACUUACGAUCCGGCCGGUUUGUCGAUAAUGUGCAAUUUCUGCGGCCGAUGUCGUUGCGAGUCUUGCCGAGAGCCGCCACCGUUGCCCAGCAAGUGGCUGUGCAACAACAAGUGCUUCUGCUCCGCCGAGACGAUUCUCGAUUACGCUUCUUGCCUGUGCUGCGUGAAAGGACUGUUUUAUCAUUGCGUGGACGGAAACGGCGGCGGCGGCGGUGGCAGCGGUAUCGGCGAGGCAGCCAGUAACUGCGCGGACGAGCCGUGUUCCUGCACAGGAAGCAGGAGAGCCUCCAGGUGGGCCUGCCUCGGCGCGCUCACCCUUGUCAUGCCUUGCUUAUUGUGCUAUUGGCCAUUCAAGGGCUGCGUCGCGUUGUGCGAGGUGUGUUACGCGCGGCACGCCGCUCAGGGCUGCAGAUGCAACCCGAACACGAUCGGAAACGCCGGGAACAGGCAUCAUCCGAUCGCUAGCGAUAUCGGGGACUCGAGGGAUCCGGAGAAGAGGUUGCUCGACCCGGUCACGCCGGAACUCUAACGCAGGAAGCAAGCGACGUGCGCUCGGUGCACCCAUCAUCGACCACUCUCUCGGAUCGUGCACGUCGAUCCGACCGUGUUGCGGACGAUCGUCGCGUUUUCUUGUGACCGCCGCGAGCAGAGACGUACGUCCGCGCGCUCUUCUUUCAACGCUCUUAUCGAGACGGAGCGCAAAUGAAAAAUUGCAUUAAGUACAAGAGUUGCAUUUAGGUCGAGA